AUGACUCCGGAAGGUGGUGAUAAAGAAGAGAUAAUGCCUAAACGCAUACCAUUUCACGUCGUUUACGCAACAAGCGAGGACAGCUGCUACCCAGCAUGCGAGCUGAACGCCCAGGGUCCUGCCGCGCGCGGGUGGCGAAGCGCCGGCGCUCCGCCACACGAGCUCCUACUCCGUCUGGCCAGCGUCACCAGUGUCCACAAGCUGCAACUGUUGGCGCACCACCAGUUAAUACCGUCAUGCGUGGAGGUUCUGGUGUCUGGUGGGCUGGUCUCCGAAGGUGCGGCGACUCCUUGUGGAGCCACGUACACCAGCGUUGGUCGGGUCACGCUCGUCAAGCCAGCGCCGCAGGCACGAACGAGGGAACUCAGAUCCGCCGCUCUUCCAGAACCCACGAUUGCACGAUUUGUGAAGCUAAGACUGUCAGGACCACAUCCGCCAGCGAAUGACAAUGAUCAGGUGGCACUUAUGGCGGUGAAUGUCCUUGGCGUGGAAAUUGACGAGGCCGGCAACACCACGCCCGCUACACGGAAAUCCGAGCCAACCUAUUCACCAUAUGACGACCUGGCCUUCGUGAUGUACGUCGACAACGAGAUAGCAGAUUUGGUGAGGACUCUGGACGAUAAGAAGAAGACAGCUGUAGCUGAAGAGCGUUUCGAGUAUGCCCGUCGUUUGAAAUCCGCCGCGUCGGCGCUCGCAGCCGCCGGCAUCAGGAUUGGACGAUGGCGGCUCCGAAAGAGGACGGCCGCCGCGAGAGAUGACUUCGAGCUUGCGAGGAGGAUGCGGGACAGAAUUGCCGACGCCUUGGCUGGGGUCAAGGAGGACCCGCAGCUGUGUCGACUCUUCGAAGAGGGGGGGCCGGACACGCGAAACGACUCGUCUAUGCCGCAAGCAUACGACUUCUCCCAUCACCUGUCACCGUCGGUGGUAGCCGGCUCGCUCAGCGUGGACAUACCUUCACCAGUUCCGCCCAUAGACAACGAUUGCGAGCCGCCAGAUCAAGAGUUCGUGAACGGCGUCGACGACGAAGAAGCCAAUGACGCGACGAAAGUUCCUAGCUCGCCAAUAAAAGCAAGUCAAGAGGAUAUUCAGUUGCAACUCGCACAAACUCUUCCCGAACCCGUAGAAGAUAAAGUUGAAACACUGAAGAAGGAAGAAGAAGAACUGAGAAAAGAGACUGAUAGUCCGCGGAGAAGCAUAACACCCAAUGCUUCUAACGGUGGCACACUAGUAAGACGAAGAAAUAAGAGCGCCGGCCCAAGGUCGACGUUCGAAGCCUACGAGGAACGGUUACUACCAGCGCUAAGACACUCGCACACGAACGAGUUCCUACGGGAGGCGAGGGAGGCGCGCGAGGAGGAGUGCAGCGGGGGGAGCGCCCCCGCGUCCCGCGCCCCCCACCGCCUGACGGAGCGCGAGCGGAAACAGGCAGCGCUGCCUAUACUUAUCUUUGGGUAUCCAUUGGUGGAGAAGUUCUACUCCAAGAACUACUUGGACAAGGAGGAAGGGCUAGCUCGGCUGAGGGCUGAGCUCACCGCGCCCACCACGGGCAGCACCAAGACCUCGCCGAACAAGACCGCCCGCGCGGCCGCAACACUCCUACAGAGGGCGUUGAGGGACAAGGUCUUUUCGGUCUACAGCCAAGCGAACGAAGUUGUCAUAGCCCUGUUCAAGGAGUUUGUCCCGGACAGGGUCUGCGCAGCGGAGGUCGGGAGGUGCAUAGACAAAUUGCUCCCGGAACUGUUGCGAGCGUGCGGGGAUCCGGCACCCAGGAUCCACUCCACGGCCCAGCAUACCGUCCUCACUGUAGCGGAAUGCCCGCAAGUCCGGAGCCUGCACAUUAUCCCCCAACAGCUGGUGCGUCCCGUUGCCGCAUCCAUGCACCCAAGGCUCGCACUCUCCCGCCUUCAAAUACUGGAACAGCUUAUCCUUAGCCAUGGCAUCUCCACAGAUAAAAACAGCGGUCUAACAGUCCGCCGUCUGGCCGAGUGUGGCGCGGCUGGCGCCCAGCACGCGGCUGGCUCGGUGCGCGCCGCUGCUGAGAGGAUCCUGCUCGCCGCGUACACCAGGUCGCCCAGGGUGGUAAGAGCCCAGCUGCCCCCGGACGACGCCGUCACCAGGCGCAACUUGAUAUACCGCCACCUGUUCCAGCAGUUCGACAGGAUCGAUAUGCAGAAAAUACUGAAUCAAGCGCCUACAGAGGAACAGCUUCUGAACGGCGCGGACCAAUCGGUAGCGGACGCUUCCCACGAGACCGCCAGCGUCACCCAGUCCACGCGCUCCGGCACGGUGUCCGGCAUGACGACGUCUGGAAUGACGUCAUCGCUAAUGACGUCAUCGAUCGGCGCCACCUCCUCGUACUCCCUGAAGUCAAGCGCGAGCGGAGCGACCCUGGCCCCGUCCAGUCUGAGCGGCAGCCUCACGACGUCCAGGACUAAGAGUAGCCUGAAGAAAACGCCCACGAAGAGGUACACCCCCAGUCGUACUGCGAAGGACCUCUCCAACUACCCAGGGUACAACAAGUUGCGACUCGACAGCGCCGUCAGUCCGAAACACUCGCCAAGGUCUUCGGCCGUGGGUAAUGAAAAGGUCCACUUUCAAGAGAACCAGGCCGAGGAGGUGGUCUACCGUCGCACCAACCGCAACCUGGAGAACCGGCACUCGAUGAUCCACUACGACCACGAUCCCUCGAAGCCAAGCCUGAAAGAGCGUCCCGUUACGGUUUACGAGCCCUUGCACAUAGACUACAGGGAUUCCCCCACCAUCGGCUCCCCGAGGACCAGCAAAAAUGACCGCAGCCUCGACUCGCUGCCGAUGGAUUCCCCGCAAAUGUCUAGGAACGACGUAAGGUCCGAUUCGGACUGCAGGAGUUUGGACUCGCCGAAGAUGAAGGCGGACUUCUUCAGGGAUACCGGGCUGGACUCGCCCAAGCUGGUCGCCGGAUUGAGGAACCUGCAUUUGGAGGAGAGCCAGAUGGACGAAAGUGGAUAUUACAGCCCAGGAAGGAGACAGCAGUUGGCCCACAGCGAGCACCAGUACGAUGGAUACGAGCCUGUGGGUUUAGAUGCGAGCAAUGAAACGACCCCCGAACCGGUUUGCAAUACAACGUGCACUUGGUGCGGGCGCCGCGUCCGGUCUACCGCACUCGAAGCGCAUUACUGGAGGAGGUGUGUGCUCCUCGCUCGCUGCCCCCACUGCCGCCUGGCACUGGAAGCCAGGGGACUCCACGCACAUCUAUUGGAAGAAUGUUCUCUCAGCGAGGGUUUGUGGAAGCCGUGCCAGAAAUGCGGCGCAGCGUUGCGCAGCGAUGAAAGCGAAUACCACGCCAACUGUAUACCCCUGGGCCUGGACGAAUGGAAAUGUCCGUACUGUCUGACGAACGUGCUGGCACGAGACCUCCCUUGGCAGCGCCACCUCAUGCAGUGCCCGCGAAAUCCGCGACUGACACCAUCC